AUGUCUAACAAUCUCGCAUACGACACUCUCAAGACCCUCUCCCAUCCCGAUCAGACCCAGAGUGACUUCUUCCACAAGGACGAUGUUUACGCUCCUGAAACCUUUAACAAAAUCUUUGGUCAUGUACUGCCGGAGAGCGAAGUCCAAG